AUGCCGACAGCAUUGAAGAUCGACUUCAUCAAAAGCUUGAUACUCCGUGAUUUCCAGGCCGCGUCAACUACGGACAACAACAACCUAAACCAUCAAAUCGCUCAGCUAAAUGCAGCUACCGAUCGUUUGAACACUCGCCUAUCGGCUGUCGAAAACCAAGCUGCAGAAGGAAAGGAUUUCACUUGCAACAACACAGACACAGACGGUCUUACAAAGAAAGUGUUGAAUCGGAUCAACCUGGGAAUACAAGCGCUUCUUCGCAAGCAAUUGACGCCAUCAAAACUCCAACGGACCGCAGAUAAGACUACAACACCAGUACCAAGCCGCCGCAUCACGCGACGACCGGCUGUCCCGCAAAAAAUCAACAGACCACCUAAACGAAAUGCACUUCUGACUACUGCUCGGGAUGCUGCGAUGAAACAGAUCAAAGAUCGAGCUACGAAGCAUGAAAAGAAAUUACGCAGUGAAAACGGAAGGAUGUGA